UGGGAGGUCGCCGCGAUUGGUGGCGGAGCGGUCAGCUGCUGCCGGCGCUGCAGAACGGGCGUGUCGCUUUCUUCCCCGGAGGGCAAUUCCGUCGAGGGAGGGGAGCUUUCCGGAGCAGGAGGUUCCUUUUCUUUCCAUUCCCUCUCUGGCCUCCGAGGGUCUUUGGGCGGAGCUGACAUCUGUGCUUGACCAAAAGAUUUUUCCCCCCUCCUCGAAGAGCAAUUACUGCUUCGAUUAUUGAAGAUUUAAGAUGGAUUUCUCUAAACUCCCCAAAAUCCGUGAUGAAGAUGGAGAAAACAUGUUUGGCUAUGUCUAUGGCGUCUCAGGGCCUGUGGUCACUGCUUGCAACAUGGCAGGAGCUGCUAUGUAUGAACUGGUACGAGUUAGCAAUAGUGAACUUGUAGGAGAGAUUAUCCGGUUGGAGGGUGAUAUGGCUACUAUCCAGGUAUAUGAGGAAACCUCUGGUGUUUCAGUUGGAGAUCCUGUGCUUCGCACUGGCAAACCUCUCUCUGUGGAACUUGGCCCUGGUAUCAUGGGAGCCAUUUUUGAUGGUAUCCAAAGACCUUUGACAGAUAUUAGUAGUCGGACUCAAAGUAUAUACAUUCCCAGAGGUGUAAAUGUGACAGCUUUGAGUAGAGAUAUCAAAUGGGACUUCACUCCUAUAAAAAACCUGCGGGUUGGUAGCCACAUUACAGGUGGCGAUAUCUAUGGCUUAGUGAAUGAGAAUUCCCUUAUAAAGCACAAAAUCAUGUUGCCUCCACGAAACAGAGGUACAAUAACAUACAUUGCUCCACCUGGAAAUUAUGAUGCAUCUGAUGUUGUGUUGGAGCUGGAGUUUGAGGAUGUGAAAGAAAAAUUUUCAAUGGUCCAGGUCUGGCCUGUACGUCAAGUCCGUCCUGUCACAGAAAAGUUACCUGCAAAUCACCCUCUUUUAACUGGUCAGAGAGUCCUUGAUGCACUGUUUCCGUGUGUUCAAGGAGGUACUACUGCUAUUCCUGGGGCGUUUGGUUGUGGAAAGACAGUUAUUUCCCAAUCUCUUUCUAAGUAUUCCAAUAGUGAUGUUAUUAUCUAUGUAGGCUGUGGUGAACGGGGAAAUGAAAUGUCAGAAGUGCUCAGAGAUUUUCCAGAGCUGACUAUGGAAGUUGAUGGUAAGACAGAAAGCAUAAUGAAGAGAACUGCUCUAGUAGCAAACACUUCCAAUAUGCCUGUUGCUGCCAGAGAAGCCUCUAUCUACACUGGGAUUACCCUGUCUGAAUAUUUUCGUGACAUGGGCUAUCAUGUCAGUAUGAUGGCUGACUCAACUUCCCGAUGGGCAGAGGCACUUCGAGAAAUUUCAGGGCGGCUGGCUGAAAUGCCUGCUGAUAGUGGUUAUCCAGCCUACCUUGGUGCUCGCCUAGCUUCUUUCUACGAACGGGCUGGUAGAGUGAAGUGUCUGGGGAAUCCAGAGAGAGAAGGAAGCGUUAGCAUAGUUGGAGCUGUAUCUCCUCCUGGUGGUGACUUCUCUGACCCAGUUACUUCUGCUACUCUGGGUAUUGUUCAGGUGUUUUGGGGCUUGGAUAAGAAGCUUGCUCAACGUAAACAUUUUCCAUCUGUAAAUUGGCUCAUUAGCUACAGCAAAUAUACACGUGCUUUGGAUGAAUAUUAUGAUAAGCAUUUCCCUGAGUUUGUUCCCUUGAGGACUAAAGCAAAAGAGAUACUGCAGGAAGAGGAGGAUCUUGCAGAGAUUGUACAGUUGGUGGGGAAGGCUUCUUUGGCAGAAACAGAUAAAAUUACACUGGAAGUUGCCAAGCUCAUUAAAGAUGAUUUCCUGCAACAGAAUGGUUAUACCCCAUAUGACAGGUUCUGCCCAUUUUAUAAGACCGUGGGGGUGCUAUCUAACAUGAUUGCAUUUUACGAUAUGGCACGCCGAGCAGUUGAGACUACUGCCCAAAGUGAUAAUAAGAUUACAUGGUCCAUUAUCAAAGAGAACAUGAGUGAAAUCCUCUACCGACUUACCUCUAUGAAAUUCAAGGAUCCAGUGAAAGAUGGAGAGGCAAAGAUCAAAGCAGACUAUGCCCAGCUGUUUGAAGACAUGCAGAAUGCAUUCCGCAGUUUGGAGGACUAGUAAUUCCCACUUCAAUGUUUCUCAUUUCAAUCUUGCCUUUUACUAGUAGAAGAUGAAGAUAUACAUUGUGAUGAAGAUUACUUAUAACUGGAGAAACAUUCCAAUUUAGUUUGAUAGUUGUGUGUGUCUUUGUGCAAAUGUAAAGCAGACUUUGCGAAAGUCCCCGUAAGGCUUGAAGUCUUCUCACCAAAUUUAAUCCUUCAACUGUUUCUCUUUUUGGAAGAGGAUUAAGGUUGUUAAAGUAUAUAUUUCUUCAGGGAGGAAAAGCAGUUAAAUCAGUUUUCUACCACAAGUGGUCAUGCAUGAUGCUUCAAAGGUAGUUUUGCUUAUUCUUUAAUGCUGCUGUUGUGUCUAUAAUCAAUAGAGUUGAUCAGAAUUGUAGAUCACAAUAUUUUUGUGCAAAAGCUCUUCCCCAUUCUUCUUAAUGUGCUGAGAAAUCUUCAGGAUUAGAACUGAUGGGCAAAAAUGAUUCUAUGCUAUGCCAUUAUUAUUUGAGGAAAUGUAUGCCUUUUGAAUGUACAUGCGAGUUGUUAAAUUAUUUUUCUAUGCUUUUUAUGCUUGGAAAUUAUGGACCAGAAAAGAUCAACCCUUCUUUUAUUUCUGGCAGUUUGCUAUUUAGAACUGUAAGUAUCCUUAUUUGAGCAAAUGUAACACUAUAAACUUAUAAAACUUAUAAAAAAUGAAAAACCAUGGAAUAGUUGUACAAAAUAUUUUAAAUUUACUGAGGAAGAGAAUGUUGAAACCCCAAGCUUUAAUUAUAAAAAAGCUGCUAAUCCUUUCUCAUCUUUCCUUGUAAAGAUCAUUAUGUCUAGGGCUUUCUUAUAGCAUGUUAAUAGCAGGCCUUGAAGAUCAUAUAUAAUUACAAUUUAAAUAAUGUGAAAGAUAAUCUUUAAAAGUUUCCUUGAUUGAACCUCCUACUGCCAUUGUGACAUUGCUGCAAAAUUUGUCUGAAUCCUCUGUGGAAUUCUAUUUCCUUGAACAUUUGUAAAUGUAUUAUAAUAUGAAGUACGAUUAUAAAUAUGAUGCAGUGGAAACUGGAAACAAGGUUGCUAAACACUAUAAUCAAGUGAUAACAUAUUUCCUCUUCCUGACCACUUUAACUAUAGAGGUGAUGGCCCUUCUGUUUCUGGUGUGUCACUCAAUUAUCAGUUUUGAGCCUUUCAAAAAUGUGUUUUUUUCUCAUUUAGGCAAUGCCAGUUAAAUUUAAUAACUGCAUUUUCAAUUCUUUUGAGUUUUAUAUUUAGAAAGUUAAUUUCAUUUAUGCUGUGUUUGCAGAAUAUGAUAUUUGAAUAAUUAGCACAAAGCAGUUUUGUUUCUUGCUGAAAUCCUUAUUGAUUGUAUUAUGUUGUAGCAUUCUAUGCCUAGGAAACUGAUUAACUACUAUAACUUUACAUAUAGUGUAUUAUGCUGCUUUGUUCUGUGUCUCACUGCCUCACUGUGCAAUUUAUUUUUGGAUAAAAAUAAAAAAAAAUCUCUUUGUGUCAGUGUUAGAAAAA